AUGGGCCACGAUAGAUCCGCUUACUCAUCGGGAACAGGGCAACAGAGCUGCUCGUACUUUGGCGAUGACGAUUCUUACAAUGGAGCUAGCACGGGUUUAACACAGGGUUACGCAGCCCAUACCGCGGGAUAUAAGCGAGGAUUCACGCUGCAUCUCAGUGUUAGGAAGUUGAGGAAAAUGAAACGACGCCAAAUAAAUCGCAUGAAUAAGGACCUAGAGUUAUUCCGACGCGUGAAGGAGCGGAGGCUGAAGAACCCAAACAGACUCGUAGAUAUACGUAAAAUCAAUUUCAUUAAUGACAAAUGUAAUCCAGCGCUCAUGAGGCUGCCGGUAUCGCCGCUGGUAGACCUGAACGGACUGGUGCCGUUCAAAACGGUGCCGCAGAUGACAUCGCAAGUGCCAUUCAAUCCGGCUCCAAUGCUGCACAACGUGGGAUUCAGGUUCAAACCCGACAGGAACGGAAAGUAUGAACGUUUCUGCGAGCCAUACCCGAUGGACGAAAUUUUGCAGGUGGUAGACGCACGCAGUCUGGGCGCUAUAAGCCGCAUGGCUGGCAAGUACAAAAUCACGGGAGAAGGAACGAAGAUACCCACCCCCAUGGACAGCCAAAUCGUAGCGCCGGGUGCUAGUGUCGGUAAGGGGUACGGGUUUGGCCUCACCAAGAAGUCCGAGCCCAAAAAUAAGCCCAUACCGCUUUCCAAUUUCAAGCCUUUCGAGCCCAACGCAGAAACUCUCGUUGAAAGUCCACAAGAACUUGAGAGUGUGCAGAUGCAGGCACGCGCAUAUGCUGAAAGCUUGAUUGGCAAAAUAGCUGAGCCGUCCAGCGUCGAAGCGCCGUCGGCUGCAGAGACCAGCCCCGAAUCCCCGGGAGACAGUGCAUUUGCCGCGGAAACACGGCACGAUAGAGCCAGGUAUGAGUCGGAUAUCGGCACUAUAAGCCAGCACGGUGCCACGAGUGGGCGAUACGACAAUGUCAAAGACGCCGUCGGUGUUUCGUACAUGGACGAUGUUUGUAACGAGGGUGAUAUCAUGAGGAACCCCAGGUACCUCGGCGAGUAUCGGUACAAAUACUGGUACCACCCUUUCUACGGCAACGCGACCAUGCCUGGGGACGAAAAGCGCCUCAUCGAGGAGUACAACCGCGAGCACCCCGACGAACCCUUGGAAUACGAGGAAUACAAAGUCGACCUCAUAUACUGCCACUCCAACGGUACCAUCGUGUACCUCGGCGAAGAUCAGGACCCCUACACAAACCAGGCGGACGACUUUGUCAUGGAGGGGGAGGACCCGAGGGAGCCGCGCUUCGUAGUGCAGGCGGAGGCAGGGUUCAUCAAGGAGCAUCAGCUGAAGUUAGGGCAAAUCCUGCCCAAUGUCAACAGCGAGAUGAGAGAGCGUUACUACGACAACAUAUUCUUCACACCAAAGAGCGUGCGGCGUCAAUGGCAAGUGCACCUGCCCGACGGCACCCCGGUGAUGUAG